ACUCUUUUGACGUUACUACAUUAUGCGCAUGCGUACUAACUCAGUACUGCAGAGAGGAAUCCCGCAGCAGCUGUCAGGAGCGUACAGGAAUCUCUAGAAGAAAUGGCUCCAGAGCGAUGAAGGACGCUGUCUGCUGUCUGACCCGUUGAGGACGUAAGUUACUCGGGUCUCUUGUCGCCAUGGCCUCUUUAACGGUCAGCUCGGCGGCUCAGAGCACAGAGAAGCAUCGCAAGUCCUUCUCGCUGCUCUUCUACCGGGCUGUGCGGGACCUGAAGCCGGUCUGGAUGCUGGAGGAAAUACGGACGAUGGAGACUUUUUACCAGGAGGAGGACGCCAGCCAGAGGAGUUAUACCUCGUCUGAGGCGUUGCUUUACGCUAUAGUUCACGACCACCAGGCGUACGCUCAGUACCUGCUCAGCCGGUACACCGACGAAGCGUUAGCAAAGCCCGGGGAGCGCUUCUGCUGCUGCCCGUCCUCCGCCCCACACCUGGCCAUGGCUGUCCGCUACGACAGACGCUACAUUCUCGGCCUCAUCUUACAGGAGACCCACCGGAUAACCAGGGUGACCUCCUACACGGACCGAGACGGGUGUUUUCACAUGGAGGACGGCAGAACCCCUUUACAUCUGGCCUGCGAGCUCCUGCGGCCCGAGGCGGUCAUCAUGCUGUUGGGGAACGGAGCGUCUCCGCAAGCCCAGGACCACAACGGCUUGACGCCGCUAGAUGUCAUUCUAGAACAAAUCAGGGACUCCAAGGAGGCGAACGGCGGAGGAAGGAGGCAGUGUCUGGACAACCUGCUCAUGUUCAUGCCAAUUGUUCACUUUAAAAUGAAAGUGGCUCUAAACAGAGAGCCGGAGCGCUGGAGCGAGGUGCUGGGCGAGGAGACGUGCAUGUACCUGGCAGGAAGGAGCCCGGCGCCGCUGCUCCUAACCGCCAUGCAGACUAUUCUGAGGCAGCUGAGCCCUGCGACCUUCCCGGACAGCCUGCACGAGCUGCCCAUCCCCUCCUCCCUCAAACCACCGGGCCUGCCUGUGAGCCAGCGGGACAAGCAGAGGGAUGUGUAGCAUCAGUGUGACAUGAUGCAUGAUGAAAACUGUUCUAUUUUUGCAUGAUGUGUGCACGUGUGUGUUUGAACAGCCUGCAUGGCUAUGACGCGCUAACACUUCAUCAUAGAGUUGCGCAGAGGAACACUUACAGUCUGGGGACAAAUGAAUGAAUCUAAAGACGUGACUUUUAUCACUCUGCUAGCCCACUGAUUGAAUUUAGUGGGAGCUGGAGUUUGAUUGAACUGUUUUGCAGAGCAGCUAGUAGUGGGAACACUAGGGAACAAACAGCCAUAUUCUUAAACACUAGUUCAGGCUUUAAUAAUCCGUUUAUUUGUCUAACCUCAUUCUUAAGUGUUACCUACUAAUACUACUGCUAUUGAAGCCCUGUUGAUUUUAAUUUAUUUGAGUUUUAACAGUAAUGGGAUCUCAUAGAUCAUUGAGAACAGCUAGGUGAUGUGAAACAUCAUUGGUGACUGAUUUUUUUAAUUAAAAGGAAUCCAAGUGAUGA